CAGAGCGGGGCGAGGACGCGCAAGCAUCCCCAGCCCACCCGAUAUCAGGUGCCACACCAGGUACCUCGUGCACCGUGCCGACAUGGCCGGCAGCAGCACCGGAGACUCGCAGCUGGCGGCCGUGGAUGCCUUCUUCACUUUCAGGGUCGCCACCGCCCGGCUGCGCGAGCUGGUCGGCGAGUCCCCGCCAGCGCCAGAGGACAAUUCCAGCGGCCAUCCUCCUUUGCCGCGGGUAGCGGAGGUCGUCGCCGGUAGUUCCGCGCUCUUGCAUAUUCUCACUGGCGUUGUAUUUUCCGAUGUCCGCUUGGACUCCUCUUUAUCCUCCUCUUUCCUCUAUACUCCUCUCGCCCUCCCCUUCUUGCCUUCGCCCAGCCUCAUGUCUUCAGCCGCCGUGCCUGUCCGCGAGUUUGUGAUGUGCGCGUCUCGCCUGUGGUUCUGA